UCGAAGUUUAUUCCCUUCUAUCCACAUGUGAUUCACAUGUUUACUUGUACACUUUUACUCAGAGCAACAUAUUGGUGACCCUAGCGUAUGAAUGCAUUUUAUCUGGCAAAGUUGAGAAAACAACCACCUGAUUAUAUCGCGUGACGUGUGGUCCAGAAAAGAACAGACUUCAAUGGCAGAGAAAAGAGUUCCGACGUAUCAGUGUCCAGCGGAGUUUGUGCCAUUUUCGCAUGAUGCAAGUGCCUUGUUGGAUGGCGAUGUAAAUAAGGAACUAUGGCUCAUCAAAGCCCCAGCUCGUUUCGAACCACAAUGCUUUGCAACACUCAAAGUGCCCUUAUCAGGUGUAGAGAUGGUCCAGUCUUGUGGCAAAACACCUCAGAGCUACAGUGUUCUAAGUAGUAGGGUUGCACCUUUAGACCUCCAUUUGCUCGUUUCCAAUGAGAACAGUCAAGCCCUUUCCCUCUCAACCUCUGGCUUCACUGGUGUCCUCAACAUCUCUGAAAGCUAUGGAAACUGCAAUGAGAACAAAGGCCCUGUUUCCAUCCCAGCUGCUCCGGCUCCAUGCAUCCCACCUGGCCUCAAGCAACGCUUCCAGCCCUUUGGUAGUUCCAUUGCACCUCACAUGAAAGAUCAAGUCACCAUAGUUUCUCCUACACCACCCAAAAGAACAAGGCUAGAUCUGAAUGAGGGUGAGGAACGAAAAAAGAAGAAAAGGAAGAAAGAAAAGAGGGACAGGGAAGUGCAUAGUGAAAAAAAUUAUAUUAAACAAGAAGAGGAACCGUUUGAGUGUGAUCAGAUAGAGUUCCCUGAACCUAUGGAGGAUCAAUCAACAGAGGAGAGGAGGAGGAGGAGGAAGAAGAAAAAGAUGAAGAAAGAGAAGGACAGAUGGAGUGAAGAGACAGUUGAUGCAAGUUUCAUAUCCAAAAUGGAGCCACUGGAUACAUCUUAUGGCGACAUUGACACCCCAGCGAAAUCUAAAAAGAAGAAAAAGAAAGCACGUAAUGAGUAGAACUACAAAUCUCAAAUUACUUGUCAUGUUCAUAAAUGCUUAUUGUGAUAUUUAAAGGGAUAGUUCACCCAAAAAUGAAAAUCCUGUGAUUUUUCUCACCCUCUUGUGGUUCCAAACCUUUUUCAUUUUUCCAAAGAACACAAAAGUAGAUGCAUGUUUUUGAUUAAGAAUCUUUUUUUCCCAUGCAAUGAAAGUGAAUGGUGACUGAAGCUAACAUUCUGCCUAGCAUCUGUUUUUGUGUUCUAUGGAAGAAAGCAAGGCAUACAGGUUUGGAACUAUAUGAGGUUGAGUAAAUAAUGACAGAUUUUUAUUUUGGGCUGAACUAUGUCUUUAACUGUCGCUAUGUCUUCGUAUGCUAUCAAUAAACUAUACACUUCUGUACAACGUUAUGUAUUAUCUAAAAAUUUUGAUUCUUAAAGAAUC